AUGGAAAUCGACAACAAUGAAGGUGAGGGUGAAAUAGUCCCCACCUCUUCUUCUACUUCUACUUCACCUUCAUCAACAUCCACAUCAUCCACAUCUACUCCAAUCUUUUCUUUUUCCAAUAACAACAAUAACCAACAAUCCACUUCUUCUUCUUCUUCUCCUCCACCUCUUCUCCCACCUUUGGCAUUGUUGAAUAGCGGUGUUGCUGCCGUGGUUGCUGCUGCUCCCAUUCCCGGCUCACCAUUCAAGAAUACUGGCAAUAAUGGUUUGACCAACAGCAGCGCAAGUCUAGACAUCAUUGUCGAGCAACGAUGCACAUCACCACAACCACAAAUCAGCAGUAUAAACAACUUGAUCAACAACAGUUUGAGCAGUAGCAGCAAUAGUCUACACAGCAAUAGUUUGCACAGCAGUAGCAAUGGUAUUGCCAAUGGAAACAGUGCCAUUCAAACUCCCAUCUCCACGCCACCACUCGACUCGUCCCCCACCUCGCCAAUGACCCUCAAUGCCAUCAUCCACAAUACUAUCAAUGGAAAUGGCAUCGGAAAUGGUACCCACCAUCAGUAUCAGCCAACCCAGUCACUCUCCACUCCCUUGGCACACCGUCCACCCGUUCCCACCCUACCCUCUCUUAGUAGUGUCAACUUUAUGAGCCAACAACAACAAAGUCAACAAAGUCAACAACAAGGUCAAUUGUCACCGACCGACGCCGACAAAAAAGGAAACAAAAAGAGAAAGUCUGCACAAUCGGAUGCCCCUCAAGUCGUCAAGUACCUCACACCAGGUGGAUCGCCACGUAUCUUUAGUCCGCUGACACCCAACACCAAGGCCAAGCAACAAUUGGAUGAGUCGAAAACCCACAUGUGCGACAAGUGCGGAGUAGCUCUCAACGGAAAGAGUAAAUCGAAUCUCAACAAGCAUUUUUGUAAGGGUAGUCGUCAAUCUAGAAGUAGUACUGGUGGUAGCAAUGGAAGUGGAAGUGCAAGUGGAUCGGGAUCCAACACACCUGUCAAGUUGACAACCAGUGGUAACAAUAUAAUAAAUACCUCGCCAAGUCAACUCAACAAUAUCUUGAAUGGUUCUUCUAACGGUAUUGGUAACGGUAAUGGUAACACCAUGGAUACUGAUAGUGACCAUAUGAGUAGCGGUGCCAAUAGUCCAAACAUUAAUAAUGGUGGUAACCGUUCCCCACUAUUUGGUCAAUUCAGUGUUAGUCCAAGCCAUGAUACGACCAUGACAACCAUAACAACAAAGACUGUCAAGGAACAAUUACAACAUCCAUUAUCUUCACCACCAUUACAACCACAACAACAAACAUCUCAACAACUUCAAUCAUUACCACCUUUACCAUUACAACAACCACAACAACAACCAAUCCAACAACAACUACAACCACUUCAACAAUAUCAAUAUCCACAAUACCCACAACAACAACAACAACAACCUCAACAAACUCAACAACAACAACAACAAACAUUAUCCAAAUCAAAUCAAAUGAUUCAAAAUCAAUUACCAAAAUCAAAAGAUAUGGAAGAAAUCUAUGGUAAAUUGGUUGACUUAAUUGUCGAACAUGAAUUACCAUUGGCCAUUGUUGAAUCUAAAUCAUUCUUGGAAUUAUUACAAUCAUCAUCUCAAUAUAGAGGACCAAUAUUAAAGUUAACCAAAAGUGAAUUAAAAGAUGAAAUUAACCAAAGAUAUAGAUGGAGAAUACGCGAUCUCCAAAAGGAAUUGGAUAUUUAUGAUUGGCUUUCAGUCACUUCUGAUGGUUGGAAUACAAACGAUAAAUUUAGUACUAUUACAGUUAGAGGUUUUACAAAUACUACAAAUUCUAUUAAAACAUAUUUUCUUACAUGUGAUUUAACAUUAAGUAAUAGAGAUCCAACAACUACACAACAAUUGGUUGAAUCUACAUUGUCAGAUUAUGGACUUACAAAUCGAAUAUUAUAUUAUAUUACCAACUCUGACAGUGAUUGUCUUGUAGGAUCAACGAUUGAUCCAAUUGUUGGAAGUGACGUGUGCUUUAUUCACCUCUUGAAUCAAUGUCACGCCAAGUUUAUCGAGUCUGAACAAGUCUGUCAACUCCUCCAACUCUGUCACGAUAUUUCUAGUUACUUUCAUCAAUCUCAAUUCAAUCAAUUGUCAUUUAUCAAAUAUCAACUUGAAACCAAUCCAAAAGAAACUCCAAAGAAAUUAAAAAAUUGGAAAGGUAUUUCAACUUUAGAUUUAUGUAAUAUUUUGGAAAGAAUAAUAUUAUUAAAAGAUACUUUAAUAAAUUAUUUCCAACAAAUUCAAGAUGAUAAAGAACAACAAGAACUUCAACCAAAUUUCAAGGUAACAAAAGAAAGUUUGGAUGACAUUGAGAUGGUGUAUCGAGUGAGCAAGGUAUUUGAAGGACAGAUUAGUAUGCUCAAGGACAAGCAAAAGACUGUUGCCUUGGGAGAUGUGAUCCCAGUGGUCAAUACGAUUGCCCAAGAGCUGGCACACUACGAACAGGAUGCCCCCAAUCUCAUCAAUGCCAAUCAUAUAGUUGGCAACCUUGUCAGCCGAUACACAAGCUCGAUGGCGUCGAUCCACCUUUUGGCCACUUACCUCAACCACACGCAUCGCCAACAAUACGUCGUUCCCCACCUCACACCCACGCUUUUACAACACUUUGACCAAAUGGUCAGAGCCCACUACACCCAAAUCAAGUCCACCAAACUCUUGGUCAUCUGUGACACUCCAUCACUUCACAACCAUGGUCUUGGCGACAUUGAUGACGAUCAUCAUCAUCAUUCCAUCAUUGACGACGACGACGACGACUCGGACCAAUCAACCUCGUUGAUGGACGAACUCACCUCUCUCCAACGGUCGGACAACAAAGACGCUAAAUUCUCAGACAUGUCACCUUUGAAAUGGUGGAUCGAUCACAAAAGAGAAUAUCCAUGUUUAUUUAAAAUUGCUACCAAUUUAUUAUCAAUUCCUAUCAUCUCUGUUGAUAGGCAUGCCCCAGUCGAAAGGACAGGCUCAAAAAAAAAGACAUCGAAAUUUCCUCAAAGACGCAAAGAAACAAGACAACAAUGA